UCUUACUGACCCUAAUUCAGUCAAUUGACUGAUAUAUACUUAAUAUCAGAUAAGGGAAUAAUCAGUCAUUCAAGUAUGUUCUCUUAUACUAUUUUAUUUGGGAUAGGAACUUUUAUAACAGUGUGUUCGUGCUGCUGCCAGAAUGGCUGGACACGUUUCAAUGAUUCUUGCUACCUAAUUGGUUACGGACACAAUGUGACAUUUAUCGAAGCUGAGAAUUUCUGCAGGCAACACAAUGGGCAUCUUAUCCAUGUGAAUACUGCAGAGGAAAACCUUUUUAUCGUUGACAUCCUACAGAAAACUAAAGCUUAUCACAGCUGGGUUGGAAUAUCAGACAUGGAUGUAGAGGGGAUAUGGCAGUGGUACGACACGUCACAGAAACCAGAUUUUACCUACUGGUACCCAGGGGAGCCAAAUGGAGGUCAACCUGAAGACUGUGGGGUUUAUGCUGUCCACCAUGACUAUAAAUGGAGUGAUUAUCCAUGUGAUAGCCACUUGCAUCCAAUCUGUGAAACAAGCACUGAUGUUGUGGAUUCAAUUAUCGGCAAAUGAGAAAAUGAAUGUGAAAUAUAGCUGUAUAACAUAACUAAUAAAUAUAUGAAUAAACAAGUUUUUUUUCGUU